GUCAAACGCGUCAAAGCCAAGCCAAACAAAUUCUGAUUUCUGAUUUGCGCGUCUAGAAAAUACAAAAUUACGAUAAAGAAUAGAUCAAUUUUCAUGAAUCAAUUUUUACUAAAAAAAAUAUAGUAAGUGUUUACAAAUUCGAACUACAUAUUUGUAUUGAGUAGAGAACAUCAUGUCUGAGGAUAUGGACUGCGAAAUAGAAUUUUUAGAUGAGGAUGCUGACAUUGUUCAACAAUGUGUGCAAACCGUCGAAACUCCAAGCGAUGAGGCACUUUUAAUAGAAAUAAAAGAAGAACAAACUCCUUUGCUCGUCGAAAGACCGAUCGUAAAAGUGGAAACAGAGAGACCGAUACGGCGAAGGAAGAGGAAAGAUGAAGAAGAUUCAGAUUACGAUCCAACCGAUGAGCUUCGCCCAAGAGGUCGCAAACGGAAAAAUGCAAAUGUUUCCCGCCAAAACGUAACUUUGAAAACGCCGAAAUCAGAGCCUAAAGUUAAGGACAAAAAUAGUUCGAAACACGAUUUGAAGAUUCGCAGGGAGCUUGAUAUUCGAAUUCCCGAUUACGAUGAUCCAUUGUGUUUGCCUGUACGCGCUUUGAUAAAAGAUGAUAGUGAUAGGAAAAAGUUGAGAAAUUGGAAUAAUUUGUGUUUGAAGAAUUACAAAUGCCAUGAUAUUCCGUUACGGAUGAAUCUAGAGGAGAGUGUGUCUUCCUCACGGACUGUUGUGAUACGAAACUUGAUGAAUAAACAAACAGAGAAAGUAGAGACAACUAUGUGGGGUAAAAUAUCAAUACAAGACAAGAAAGGCACAAAGAAAUCGGAAAUCAUACAAUCAGUCCUCCCCAGAUAUAGAGAGAAGAAAUUCCUGCAUUCCGUUGUUCUGGGCAAUAAGAGAAACAGACCAGUUUAUAACAAAGAGGAAGUUAUAUUGACGAAGGAAUUUAAUAAAGACGAAGAAAUGCUAAUUGUGUAUAAACCUAAACAGGCGUUGUCUAGCUCAUAUAAAAUGUUUGAGAUGAAUGAUAAUACUGAUGAUAAUGAAGCCAAGAAAUACCUCCGCGAAGUGGUUGUGUGCAAAAUGUGUGCGCCCUGCUACCAGACUUCCUGGCGAGGGGUGCGGAAGAAUAACACAUCGAACAUAAAGUGCGAUAUAUGCGGACGCACAUGUGUGAGCGUGUACAACCUGUUAUCGCACAUUCGCUCGCACACAGACAAAGACGUGCGCGAGCACAAGCGCGCCAUCUCGCGGGCACUCGCACAGUCAUUGGAAUAUCACUACGAAUGUCGGAUCUGUCAAGAGAAGCAGCCGAGCAUCAAGGCAUUGCGGCAACACAUCAAAACGCACAAGGGUCCAGAAGUAUUUGUUUGCGACAUUGGUAAUCAUUUGGUGUCAUAAUAAUGUAAUAAAUAUAUAUAUUUGAAUACA